CAAAUCCUAACGGGCUGCGCUCAUGUAUGGAAAAUACUUUGUGAUGGAAGAUUUAUGGUUAUAUUAAAAACGUGUGUUUUUGCGUUGUUAUUGACCGCAUUAACCUAAAACUCAGACAAAAUUCAUUUGACGAGUUAAUACUAUUUUUUAUUCACCAUGCCUGAUAUGAAAUAUAUCCUUGUUACUGGUGGCGUUAUAAGUGGCGUAGGAAAAGGUGUCAUCGCUAGUUCUUUUGGCACAAUUCUUAAAAGUUGUGGUAUUGAUGUAACAUCAAUAAAAAUUGACCCCUAUAUUAAUAUUGAUGCAGGAACCUUCUCUCCUUAUGAACAUGGAGAAGUUUACGUACUUGAUGACGGUGGCGAAGUAGAUCUUGAUCUUGGCAACUAUGAACGUUUCUUAGACAUAACACUGCACAGGGAUAACAAUAUUACUACAGGAAAAAUAUACCAACAGGUUAUAGAGCGCGAGCGCCGUGGUGAUUAUUUAGGAAAGACAGUACAAGUUAUUCCACAUAUUACUGAUGCGAUACAGGAAUGGGUGCAGAGGGUUGCCCAUAUUCCUGUUACACCAGAGAACAUGCCCCCAAGGGUUUGUAUUGUAGAACUUGGUGGAACAAUCGGUGACAUUGAAGGAAUGUCCUUUGUUGAGGCAUUCAGGCAAUUUCAGUUUAGGGUUAAGAGAGAAAACUUUUGUUGUGCUCAUGUCUCAUUAAUACCUAUGCCAAAAUCAACUGGUGAACCAAAAACAAAGCCAACACAGUCUUCAGUGAGGGAAUUGAGAGGUCUUGGUUUGUCACCGGAUCUCAUAUUAUGUAGAUCAGAGAAACCUAUAAACCACAAUGUGAAAGAGAAAAUUUCUAACUUUUGUCAUGUAGCCCCAGAUCAGGUGAUUUGUAUUCAUGAUUUGAGUUCAGUGUAUCAUGUGCCACUAUUGAUGGAGGCUCAAGGAGUUGUCCAGUACUUGAAUGAAAGGCUACAGUUGAAUAUUGCUAUACCUAGACCUGGCAGGUUCAUGCAAAAAUGGCGAAAUCUAGCAAAACGUGUAGACAAUUUAAGGAAAGAAGUGAAUAUAUCACUUGUUGGCAAGUACACUAAACUAGAAGACAGUUAUGCCAGUGUUACUAAAGCUCUUCAGCAUGCGAGUAUAGCUGCUGGGUGCAGAUUGAAGUUGACAUAUAUUGAAGCAGUUAAUUUAGAAGAACAAACGAAAAUCGAUAAUCCAGUUAGUUAUCAUAAGGCCUGGCAAGAGGUUUGCAAAAGCGACGGUCUUAUUGUACCUGGUGGUUUUGGUCAGAGAGGCUUAGAAGGGAAAAUAGAAGCAUGCCGUUGGUGUCGGGAAACUCAAAAGCCGAUGCUUGCUAUAUGUCUGGGUUUACAAGCAGCUGUGAUAGAAUUUGCUAGAAAUGUGUUAGGUCUUAAGGGCGCUAAUAGUACAGAAGUCAAUCCAGACUGUGAGGACAAGCUUGUUAUUGAUAUGCCAGAACAUCACCCUGGAAACCUCGGCGGUACCAUGAGGUUGGGAAAGAGAAAGACCUAUUUGGAACCGAGUAUAAUUUCUAAACUGUACAAGAAGGAAGUGAUAGAGGAGCGUCACAGGCACCGGUAUGAAGUGAACCCUGAGUAUAUAGAAAGACUAGAGAAGGCCGGUUUAAGAUUCGUUGGUCGCGACUCAUCUCGGACACGCAUGGAGGUAGCAGUCAUCGACUCACACCCAUACUAUGUGGGAGUUCAGUUUCACCCUGAGUAUCUGUCUAGGCCGCUAUCUCCAAGUCCACCGUUCUUAGGAUUUAUACUCGCUUCUCUUGGGAAACUGAAAAAUUAUAUGUCAAAGGGGUGCCGAUUCAGUCCUAGGAAUCAGUCAGAUGUUAGUUCAGAUGAUGACGACAUAUCAGUUUCUUCGUUGAGUCUAGUUGAAGAAAAGACCAUCAUAGAAAAUGGUCAAGCAAAAGUGUCUAAUGGAGUCCAUUAAUUUUUUCAGUAACUUCUAGCUUAAGUAGUGCUACAUAGGUUCUAUUUCAUACCCAGUGUCCUUGGUCCCAGUAAUUCAAUGUAACAACAAAUUAACAUUUCAAAUCGUUUUUUAUGUUAUAUGUAGCCUUGAUGGUUGUAUGGUUCUUUCAAUGUUAAACUGAUAUUAUAUGUAAGAUUAAUCUUUGUUUAUUUUCUACGAUUAAUCAGUAUUUUUUUUUUUACUAAGGUUGAAUUUAUUACAUUUUUUAUAUAACACCAGUCUGCCAAUAUAUUGUCCGAUAUGUAAUCUACUAAAGCAUUGGAAAUUUCUUAAGAAAUAUGCACAUACAGAAACAUUGUCAAUGAAUUUCAGUAUAACAUUGAAAGUAUUUAUUAAAAUUGUUAUCAUUCUAUGCUAUUAGAUGUUCAUAAAAAAAAAAUUAAUUUACCCUAGUCAAUAUGAUGCGUCAUAAUAAACUUAUGAGAAUAGGAAAAGAAAUUUGCUCUCAUCACUAUCACUAGUAUAAUAUAAGAUAAUCUAUGUUAUGUUUAGUAUUUGUUGAAUAUGGAUAUAAUGUAAUAUGCCCCAAAAAUUUUAGACAUACUGUAUAUGUAGUCUUAAAUUUAUAUGAAUAUUACUGAUACAUUAGUAUAACUUCACAUGUUUUAUAUUUUUAAUGCCCUUGAAUGUUUAGAUGCAGUCAGUUACAUCUCUGUAACAUGCAUAUAUAUUUUCUUUGGAAUGUUAUAUCAAUCAAAAAAAGUUACAAAAAGUACAAUAACAUUUCAUUACUUUCAUUAUAUAAUUCUAAUUAAUAUUAAGAAUGUUGUGUAAUUAAUAUUAGGUAUGACUUGUGAAACAGCUACGAGGGCGGACGCCUAAUACUCCUUAUGGUAAGAUUUUUAUCUUUGAUAUGUGGUAAUUCCAAACAUGGGUGAAAAUUUAAUAAUGUUCACAUGGUGAUAUGUAGGUGAUAAGUAUGUAAGUGUAAUAUUGUAACCGACUUUUGUCUCACUUAGCUUCGACUAGGAUGUUCCUAACGGCUAACAUUAUAAAUGUAUACGCUAAACAAAUGCCUUGAGAUAUAUUUUUAGAUUUUUUUUUUGUUGAUAAAACAACAACCACUAACAAAAUUUUCUGAUAUAUUUCGGAUUAGAAUCUCUUUAUUAGACCGAGAAUCUAAAUGUAACAAACGCAUUUUCAUAUGAUGUAAUAGCAAUGUAUAUUUUAACGAAUAUAGGAAUAUGUUAUUGGAGAAAAAUGAAUAUUGCGAAAUAUAAAUUUGAUCACUUUUAUGCAGUAAUUACGCAUUGUUUGUAGUUUAUUAAGAAAUAAUUGAUGUUUAAAAUAAAUGUAUGUUAUAUUAUAAAUAAAGCUACUUCACCAGUUACACACAA